GGGAAUGAUUUCCGUUUUUGGGCGGAAGCUGAUGGCGGCUGCGGGAUGACGCGAGAGGGAGACGAUAAAGCGCCUUCUGGGGCAUCAUAGAGCCUCAACGUAUCGGACACCGCGACCCCGGGGGAGUGAGGACCUCCGACGGCUGACCGGUUUGUUGGUGGAACUGAAAUAAUGAAUUCUUUCUGGGGCAUGCCAGCUGCCUCUCUGAGGAAGAGACCAGAUGAGGAGAAGCUUGGCACAGGAGAUCAAAAGAUUAGUCCUUCUCGUUCCUCCUCAAACAAAAAGCAGCUUCCAUCCAUCCCGAAAAAUGCCAUACCAAUCACCAAGCCCACCUCCCCAACCCAAUCCGUGCAGUCUACAAAUGGGACACAUGCUUCAUAUGGUCCUUUCUAUCUAGAGUAUUCCCUCCUCGCUGAGUUCACUCUGGUGGUAAAGCAGAAGCUGCCGGGAGUCUAUGUCCAGCCCUCGUACCAGUCAGCGCUCAUGUGGUUUGGGGUGAUCUUCAUCAGGCAUGGACUGUACCAGGACGGGGUGUUUAAAUUCACUGUGUAUAUUCCUGAUAACUAUCCUGAUGGGGAAUGUCCGCGCCUAGUCUUUGACAUGCCAGUCUUCCAUCCCUUGGUUGACCCAGAGUCCGGCGAGCUGGAUGUUAAGCGAGCAUUUGCGAAGUGGAGGAGGAACCACAAUCACAUCUGGCAGGUGCUAAUGUACGCACGAAGGAUCUUCUACAAGAUUGACACAACAGCCCCUUUAAAUCCUGAAGCUGCAGUGCUAUAUGAGAAGGAUGUUCAGCUUUUCAAAAGCAAGGUGGUAGAAAGUGUUCGUCUAUGCAACAGUCACUUAUUCGAUCAGCCGAAAAUAGAGGAUUCCUAUGCAAUUAUUUUUUCUCCCUGGAAUCCAGGAUUGCAUGAUGAAGCUAGAGAAAAGAUGUUGGCACAAAAAAAAAAGUCAGAAGAACAAAUGAAAAGUUCCAAUGUAACCGGAUUGUCUUGGGUGAAGCCUGGCUCUGUCUUACCAUUCAGCAAAGAGGAGAACGCUCUGCAGGCCUAGGGCAAUACCUGGACUUGGUACACUUUUAUCAUGGCGCUGACUGUAUUAAAGAAAAUGGCCCUCUCCUACAUCAGUCUGAGUUUAGCAUUUCCUCAUGGAUUGCCGCCACUUCUGCAAAAUGUUUUAAUUCAAACCUUGUCUUAAUCUCGUGCCCCUAAUUGAGUUUUCCAUUCUAAGCACCUGGGCGCAGACUAUUUGUAUGGAGAGUGUGCCGGCGUGUAUCGGCUUGCGGAAUGUAAGGUGCUAUGCUACAGGAGCUGCAUGUGUGCUAUUCUCCAGCUUGCUGGUCCUUGGUGUAGGACUGCUGAUGGACCCCAUGGGUUUGUUUGGGACACUGAAUCCAAGAUGGCGCCUUGCUGUACAGAGGAACGGUUGGGGGUGUAUCUUUUGUUUAGAGAUGCUAAGCUCCAUGCACACUACAAAUAACGGUUGGUAGUAUUUAAUGGUUUUAAAAUGCUUUUAUUUUAUUUUUGUUUUUGUAAAUAGGCUAUAAAAUUGUAAAUAUAUUAACGCUCCAUCUAGCACUUAGUCUUAAUCACAAAUUCCAAUCUUCCCUGCAUCGUAUUGCUACCUUUCUGUGGCUAAACUGUCCAUUGAACUGUAGUGGGCAUUAGGCAGAGAAAUGAUCCAACAUUGCAAUAUUUCUUUAAAGAUCGGCAGUUUUGGACUUGUUUUUAUUUGGUUGGAUUUAAUAAAAUGGUAAAACUGAGCUGAAUAGGA